AUGAAGGAGUUCAACGCGCUCCGUGAUGGCAUGGAGCACAGCAAGAGCUUCGAGCAGGCCUACGCCUCCGACCUGCUGAUCGCCGCCAUGGUUAGCUCAGGCCUGUGUGGCGCGGCAAGUCAGAAGGCCUCGGCAGCGUGGCAGAGCAGCAGGUCCCAGUUUCCUACUGCCAGCCGCGGCAUAUCGCCGUACCGCUACUACUCCCAGCUGCCCACAGAGAUGAUGGCGUCGCAUCUGGCCAUUUGCCACGGGCUCUUGCGGGCCACCGCGCUGCGGUGCAGCGCGCAGCUGGAGCUCUUGGUCUCGCGGCAGAAGGCCUCCGCGCAGUGGCCGCCGCGGCUGGCGCGGCACCGGGGCCCACAGCAGGCCGCCCACACCAACUUUGCCACCAACGACGCCAUCAUGGCCACGCACCUCGCGGGCUCCGGCGGUUUGGAGCGCCGAUCCACGGCCAGCCGUGUCUCCGUGUGCGCCGGGGAGUCUGCGGAGAGCACCGAUCGCUUCCUGCAGGGCCUGGUCCGCAGCUGUGUGGAGGACGCCUGCCACGCCAUGCUGGCCCGCGGCCAGCUGCUGCACCGCGCGGGCGGCGGGUCGGCGGCCAUGCAGGCAUACAUGACAUCGCUGCCGCUGUCCAAGAGAGACGGGCACAGCUCGUCUGGCCAAUUCGCCAUGUUCUGCUCGGAAAUCUUCCAGAACCUUGAGCGGCAGACUGGUGCGGAGGCGGUGCUGGAGUCCUUGGGCGAAGCCUCCGGGGAGUACAAAAGCCUCUCCACCAACUCCAAGUCCGGGGAGUUCUUCUUCCUGUCAAACGACCGGAAGUUCCUCAUUAAAACCGUCUCGGAGAGCGAGGGCUUGCUUCUCGUGAGGAUGCUCCCCGAGUACCAGGACCACAUCCACUCGCUGCCGGCUUCGCUGAUCGUCCGCUUCGCCGGGCUCUUCUCCGUGGAGCUGCCUGGGCCGAACCAGAGGUACUUCCUCAUCAUGAAGUCGGUCUUUGACCCGGCCUGUGAGAUCCACAGCAACUAUGACCUCAAGGGCUCCCUGUACCACCGCAAGAAGAAGGACGGCGAGUCCACGGGCAAGGACGAGGACUGGAUCGCCGCGCAGCUGCGGCUCUCUGUGCCGGAGGUGCAGCGCCGGGCCAUGCUGGAGGCCCACGAGGCCGAUGUGCAGUUUCUGAAGAGCCACUCAGUGAUGGACUACUCCGUGCUAGUGGGUCGGGAAGGGGCGUGA